ACUUUGAAGUUACAAGUGACAACUGUCAACUGAUAAGUAAAUUAAAUUUUGUAAAUUAUGAGAGGUUAUGUGGGUUUCUGUUGAUUAACUAAGUAGAAACUAUUUAAGCAAUUAAACACUAAAUUAUUAAAAAUGACUGGCAGGGUUAAAUCAGGUACACCUAGAAUAGAAACAGAAAUAGAAAAAAACAGAGAAGAGUCAAAUUGGAUUAAAGUUAUAGAAUUAGCAGAACAGUUGAAAGAUAAGUCUCCUGAACUUGUUUGUCUUUCUGAUUUUCUUAUUGGUGAAGGUAAAUUGGAAAACUUUUUAGAAGAAUGGCCACCUAUCGAAGCAAAUAUGAACAGAGCAAAACUUGGACUGAUUGAUGCUAAACGAUACCUUAAUUUAGUAAUUGCAGAGGCUGGUAUUAAGGCUGGUGUUGCAAUGGAUGCUCACCUAUUGUUAGGCAAAUUGCAGUAUGCUUGUGGCCAAUACAGUGAUGCUUUAAAACAUUUCAAACAAGCUGAUCUCCAAAAUUUAUCUGAAAAAAAACUUCCACUGCGAAGUUUACGUAUUGUGGCUGAAUCAUAUGCUAUAAAAGGACUUUGCUUACAGAAGGAAGGAAUGGCGUCAAGCAAAUUUAAAAAGGCAGAAAGAGAAGAAGAAUUAGUAAAGUGUUUUGAUUUAGCCUCAGAUUUAAGUUUGCUAUACAUGCAAAAAUUAGAAAAGGAACUAUCUUCCAACACGCCCAACAUAGGUGGGAGCCAUUCACCGCAGCCUCCAUCGGUGCAGAAACCACUGGGAGAUGUUCUGGAGCAAGCAUUUCAAGCUGCUCCCAUUAUUUUCUUGCAACAGGGAAAACCCGAUAUGUCUAUGGAAAGAUACAGAAAUUCAUUGUGUGCUAUCGAAUCGCAAGGAAUACAUAAUAUUCGUUUGAAAUUCAUGUGCCAAAUGGCUGAAUUGUUGCUCCAAGGAUUAGUAGGAGAGAAAUACAAACCGCCUUUGAAUUCUAGUCCAAAGAGUUCGCUUUGGAAGCCGAAAUACUACGCUUCCCUUAAUCAGUUUAUUCCGAGAAAUGAAUGUGAGGAAACUCUUUUAUUAUUAUUAGUAGCGGAAUCUAUGGCUGUGAGAAACGCGGUUUUAUCUCAAUCCCCAGAAUUUAAAGAAAUUAGAUUAAGCGCAUAUCAAGAUGCGACAACAGUAUACGAUUUGCUAGCUGUAGCUACCGUUAGAUGGGGCCAAAUUGCACUUUUACAAGAGUCACUUGAAAGAGCAAUGAAAUUUUCAUUUGAAGAGCCGCAUUUAUGGAAACAAUACGCUCUAAGUUUGUUAGCUAUCAAUAGUUACAAUCACGCCUUAUCUGUACUAAAAGAGGUUAUACGAUUGGAGCCAAAUAAUCCAAGUAAUUGUCUCCUAGCCGCAAAAUUAUGUUAUGAACAUCUUAAUCUAGCAGUAGAAGGAACAAAUUUUAGUAUGGACGCUAGGGAGAAAGCACUAGCAUUAUCUUCAGAUCUUCUUGGUAGAUCUCACCUAUAUAUUGGUAUCGGAUACCAUUUGCAAGCGGAGUCAUGCCAACUUAAGAAGGAAAAAGAAGAGCUAAGAUGCCGUUCGUUAGACAAUUUUCGAAGUGCUGUUGAAUUAGAACCAAAUGAUCAUCUCUGUCGGUAUUACCUGGGAUUGCAGUUGGCAAUUAUCGGACAUAUUACGGAAGCCCAGCAGCACAUAAGGAUAGGCUUGGAUCUUCAUCCAGAACAUUCCUCAACAUUACAUUUAUUGGUUUUAUUGUUAACGGCAGAACGCCAACAUAAGUGUGCAUUGACAGUUGUGGAGAAUGCUUUGGAGGAAUAUCCAGACUGUUUAAACUUAAUGUACGUCAAAGCCUAUUUAGAGUUACAUGAAAGAGGUGGUGAGAAAGCAUUGGUUACAGCUAAACAAAUGCUAGAACUAUGGAAAAGUUUGUAUGAAGGGCAGACAAUUUCUGAUAUGCCAGAAUGUGAUAGAAAAAGUGACACGAGAUCCGUCUUCCAGCUUUACACAUCAGAAAUGUCAGAUAAAGACUCAAGUUCCUUACAGUUGCACAAUACGGCAGCUUCUAGGGUGGAACAAGCUUUGAGCGAAGUGGCCAGUUCUAUGAGUAGCUUUAGUCCGCGUCCUGGUCCUCAAAGGGCCUGGAUGUUGCAAGUUGAAAUUUGGCUGUUACUUGCCGAACUGUACUUAGCACUAGAUCAGCCAGCCGAUGUGCAAAUGUGCAUUCAAGAAGCGACACAAAUUUACCCAUUAAGUCACCACAUCAUGCACAUGAAAGGAUUGUAUCACAUGCAUAAAGAAGAAUGGCCAGAAGCAAAACUGUGCUUUCAAAACGCAGUGGCUAUAAAUCCCCAACAUGUCAAGUCUUUACAACAAUUGGGUUUGGUUUAUCACUAUCUAGGGCUUCAGGGUUUAGCGGAAACUACGUUAAGGGAAGCAGCCAAGAUCGAACCGAAAAAUCACAUUACUUGGUAUAAUCUGGGUAAAGUAUUGGAAGCUCUAAAGGAAUAUGAAAAAGCCAGCAAUGCUAUGGCUACUGCCUUAAUGGAAGAGAAAAAUAAUCCCAUUCUUCCAUUUAAUUCAGUUCCUUUAUGUUUCGAAUAAAUGGUACUUGGUAAUCUAUGGUAGUUAAUGUUAUUUUGUUGAUUUAUUGAGUCUCUAGGUGUUGUGUAUAUAUGAAUCUAUCUUGUGUUUCGUUGAUCACUUAUAGGUGUCUGUUAGUAUGUUAUAUAUGCCUAACUUUACUGUAUUUUUUUACUUAUUUAACUAACAUUCCAUAAAACAUUUAUAUUAAAUACAUAAAAUAAUAAAAAUAGUCUAUAUAGGGGCACAUUUAUUAUUUACACAACCAAUACUGAGUGCCCUAUAAUUAGCCUGCUAAACUUUACUACUAAAUUGACUAAAUUGUAUAUAAGAGAAAAUAUUCUCUUAAAAUGCCCGAAAUUGCUUCUUAAACGAUCUACAGUCCCUCGAAAGUUUUUGUUCAAUAUUUCUGAAACUUGUACUUAUUCGUACAAUCGCAUUUAUCAUAUUUAUUCAUAAAUGAAACCUUAGAAAUUCAUUUAUUUUAUUCUCGACAAGAUAGGUAGAGAAUUUACAAUUUGAUUUGUAAACAGGUUAGAACCAAUGGAGUGGAGAUAAAAACUAUCGCAAUUGAUUUAUGACAAACUUUUUUAGUUUCACACAAAAUUUAAAAGUUAUACCUGUUUUACAUUGCAAAUUUCUUCAUGAAUUUAUACAUGGAGUCGUUUCAUGAAGCUGGACAAGUGUCAACAAAUAAAGUCAAAUAACUUAACGCUACCAUGGUGAUCUACCUGCCUAUUUGCC